GCUUUAGUUAAGCUUUCAGUUUUUUUCAGUUUAUUGUUGUUGGAAGCACUCUACUGAGUGCAUAGGUAGUUGUUGUUUGGUCAGUGUAGGUUUUGUUAAACUGUCAUUGUGCGAGAAGAUUAUUGGUUAGGAAAAUGAGUCUUUCAUUAAGGACAGAUCUUGCAGUGGAUAAGACAAAGAGGAAAAAAAGGAGAGAAGUGACAGAGGAGCAAAAGCAAGAAAUAAAAGAAGCAUUUGAUCUCUUUGAUAGUGAUAAAGAUAAAGAAAUAGACUAUCAUGAGUUAAAGGUUGCAAUGAGGGCUUUGGGCUUUGAUGUAAAGAAAGCUGAUGUGCUGAAGAUCCUAAAAGACUAUGAUCGUGAAGGAACUGGCAAAAUUUCAUUUGAAGAUUUCAGUGAAGUUGUAACAGACUGGAUGCUGGAUAGAGAUCCACAAGAGGAAAUGUUGAAGGCAUUUAAACUUUUUGAUGAUGAUGACUCGGGAAAGAUCAGCUUAAGAAAUCUACGGCGUGUUGCUAGAGAACUUGGGGAAAAUAUGACCGAUGAAGAGCUUCGGGCUAUGAUAGAUGAAUUUGAUAAAGAUGGAGAUGGAGAGAUUAACCAAGAGGAGUUCAUUUCCAUUAUGACUGGAGAUACCUAGUGGACAAAAAGACAUACACUUAUGUAUAUUUAUUUGAUUCUUAAUUAUUUGUCUUUUGUUGCUGAAAUGUGAUUUUUAAAUCUAGUUGUGUCUAAAGUUUGUUAUGGUUCCAGAAAAGAGGGAACAAAGAAACUUCAAGCAUUUUAGUGUGAAGUAUAAAACAAUGUAAUGUUGCUUUUGUAACCUGCAACUGUUAUCUUGCAUCAAGAAUAAGCCAGAUAUUUAAAGUAUUACAUUUAAAGA